UCCCAUUUGCCCCGCAUCCCCAAGCCAGAGGAUGCUCUGGACCCCUGGGCACAGCCAGGGGAAGGCGCCGGCCCUGCUGGAGGAGCACGCGGGGGCCGGGCGGGGAGGCGGCGGCGGCCGCCGAGCCACGGGGGAGGGGCCGCCGCUAUAAAGGCGCUGCUCGCGUCCCGCUCCAGCCUGGACGCACAUGUGCUGCGCGGCGCCCGGCAGCCGCCACCGCGGGGCGCAGCCGAGACCCGCGCCUGCCCCGGCCUGGUGGCCGGUGACCGCGGGGGGCGGCAUGAGCGGCGCCCGGCGGAGCUGACGCCGCGCCCCGGCCCCGGCCCCGGCCCAUGUCCUUCGCCAUGCUGCGCUCGGCGCCGCCGGGCCGCUACCUGUACCCCGAGGUGAGCCCACUGUCGGAGGACGAGGACCGCGGCAGCGAGAGCUCAGGGUCCGACGAGAAGCCCUGCCGGGUGCACGCGGCGCGCUGCGGCCUCCAGGGCGCCCGGCGGCGGGCGGGCGGCCGCCGGGCCGGGGCAGCCGCGGGGCCCGGGCCCGGGGGGAGGGCGGGCCGCGAGCCCCGGCAGCGGCACACCGCGAACGCGCGCGAGCGGGACCGCACCAACAGCGUGAACACGGCCUUCACGGCUCUGCGCACGCUCAUCCCCACGGAGCCCGCCGACAGAAAGCUCUCCAAGAUCGAGACGCUGCGCCUGGCUUCCAGCUACAUCUCGCACCUGGGCAACGUGCUGCUGGUGGGCGAGGCCUGCGGCGACGGGCAACCGUGCCACUCGGGACCCGCCUUCUUCCACGCCGCGCGCCCCGGCAGCCCCCCGCCGCCGCCCCUGCCGCCGCUGGCCCGCGACAGCAGCGAGAACGCCCAGCCCAAACAGAUCUGCACCUUCUGCCUCAGCAACCAGAGAAAGUUGAGCAAAGACCGAGACAGAAAGACCGCGAUUCGAAGCUAGGAGGAUGCCCCACUGCAACAAGAGGUGGACUCCCCCAGGGGUCCAGAGAGCCCACCUCAGACCUGACCUGGGCACAGGACCCCCAAGCGCAUGUUGGCCAGCCCCAUACUGGCUGCGAACGGGGCCAAUGGACAGAUGGACAGAUGGGUGGGGACUUGACUCUGAGUAGCCCAGCACUUGUCCAGACCCACUGGAACUUUCCAUGCUGGCUCUCUACCUGGGCCAACUGCUGGCCUCUUGCAUCUCUCGAUAUGAUAAUAUAAAGUCUGGAAGUUUUGUAAUAAUUAAAAAUGAAACAAUAUCUUCCAAAUGCAGAGGAAGACUGUCCUCCGGAAGGAUCUACUCCCAGCCGAGCCUGCACUCUCACCUCUGGAACCCCAGCUGUCCCUACCAAGGGCAUCCAGCUCUCAGAGAAUGCGUCUCCCUUCCAGGGGUAGAGGGAGGCAGGCCUAAAUACCCAAGGUCUCCUGCUGGGGACCUGUAGGGUGGAGAGGCACAAUGUGGUGGGAUCAAAGGAAGGCAAGGAAGAAAGAGGAAGCUGAGCAUUCUCAUCCCUGAGGCACCUGGACAGUGAGUAGGACACAGGGGCCUGCACUGUGCCAGGCCUAGGCCCCCCGUGUGCUGGUUCUAAGCGAACACAGUAGGUUAGUCAGGUAGCAGUGCUGCCCAGCAGGGUCGGUUACCAAACUGGAACUGAGGCUGGGGCUGAGGACAGGACCCAGGUGGCGGUGGGACCUGCUGCCUGCCUCUACAACCUGUAGAGGCCACAUCUCGCCCUAUCCCAACAGCACAAUGGAAAGACUCCUGGCCAUCUACUUCUCUGUCCCACCCAAAUCCCUUGAACACCUCACUGGCCCCUAAGGAGGCCGGUUUAGGACCCCAACCAGGUGCUGUGCACAGCUGGCCAGCCAUUAAAAUCCUGCAGGUGACAAUUAGUUUGGUGCUGGAGCUCUGUGGGCACACUACAGAAGAAAGGCCAGGCACUCUGUGCGGAUCACCUCCCCCACUGACCCAGGCAGCCAGGAGCCUGACUUCCGGUUGGGUGGUGACUGGGGAAUGGCUGGGAACACCAGGUGGUGCGUGGCUGGCAAGGCCCAGGCCCCUCCCCAGACCCCUCAGCCCUCCUAGCCUUCAGCACCAGCACUGACAUGGCCCCUACCCCAUGGGGAGACCAGGUGCUGAGAAAUAUGUGGGCAUCCUCACGCGGCAGGGACAAAGCUGCCCCUCCUCCGCACGGAUGGGCUCCAGGGGACCACAAUGCAGGAAGCAGUGGUGUAAUUGUGGAGGAAAUUCUCAAAGCCAGAGCCAUUAAGGCUGGGGGGGGGGGGGGCGGUGGUAGGAGGAGGGAGGGCUGUGUCCAAUCUGAUAGAAAUAUAACAGGAUAAAAAGUCACAGCGGCAGGUUUCGUUCAGAGAGAAACCCAACCCCAAAUUUCCUCCCCUUAAUCCUGCAGGAGACCACAGCUGGCGGGGGUGGGGGGGCACAUCCAGUUGCUAGAGGCCCCUGCUGCCCAGGAAGCCUGGACCUGGGGCUAUGACUAGAGCUGAGGAAGCGCCCUGCCCCUCUGCAUUCUCUGUGCAGCACCUCAUCCAGGCAGCAAGGUUUCU